AUGCUCGACGCCUCAUUCUUCCCUCACAUUGUGGACCUCAUCUUCAAGUUUGCGCCGCACGCUUCACUCCUCCGUCUCCGCACGGUGUCAAACGACUUCCGCUCCACGGCCGACCAGUGGCUAGUGGCAGGUCGCCUCAUCGUCACCCCGUCAACAAGGACCAACGGUAAGAUAUCAUGUUGCCUUACCAAUUCAUUGGUCAACAACGGCGGCGGUUCCGACCCGUCCCAGCUGGGCAACUGGCAACGGCCCCAGCGCAGAUUACAGUAUGUGGAGGAUUUCGCGGACGACCUCCAUUUCAGACUGGUAGUUUCGUCGCAACGUGGACGGGUCCCUGCCUUCGCUGCCCUCGACCUCGACGACAAGACCUUGUGUUACCCGGACACAAAUGACCUAAGACACACUCGCAUCCUUGACUUUGUCGGUAUCGGCAUGCUGCUGAGUCCGCGGUAUGGCGAGAUCCCCCAAUUCCCCCCUUUCCCAGUCGAUCUUCCUAUGCCCACAUCCCUCCAUCGGCCCCACAUAACCGUCCGCCAUCUACACAGGCUGCAGGAAGACAAUAGAGGUGACCUUGACCUCAUUCACAGUCUGCGACCUUCCAAACACUCCGCCAACGCCCAGGAGACCCUCGUCGUUUUCUCGACGCUGCCAGAGCUAUGGCGUCCUACCAAUGAUCUCCCUGCCUCGCUACGCCCAUCCGCGGUGCCGACGAAACCUAGCCCCAUUCGUCGCAUUAUAAUCAACAUCGUACUACACCCACAAGACCAGCUCCACUCUCAAAACCUACAUCGUUUCCCACCACUAUACGCCUCCGAGAUUACCUUCGUCUUCCAUCGGGCCGCCUAUCCUAUCACUUACAAUAGCGACCACGACCACGACUGCGACUAUGACAUCUUUACUGAUAGUGAUACUACCGACGACCCUUAUCCCUUUUACGAUGUCGAGGACAACUACCCCUACUCGAUCGCCGACACACUCGGGUUGGUGCUCGAGAUCAUCGGUGGGGCGCUAGGCGCCGGGUCUGCGAUUACGUUGGUGGGGCUCGAAGUGUUCACGGAACCUUGGCCGAAAGAGCCCAACAACAACCGGGAUGAGAAUGAUCCUAUUUGGCGCAUUCUUCUGUGGGGCCAUUUGAAUUGCGUGUGGAUGCUGGAAGAGGGGUCCACUUUUAGCCCAAACGAAGGCGAUGACCAUGACGACGACGACGACGACGACGACGACGAUUACCAACACCCAACCGUGAUCAUACCCACCCCUGACGAUCAAGGGAAUGUCACCGUCAAGCUCAUCAGAACCAAUACCGAUGUCACUAUCAAGUUCAUGACUCUUGCCGACUUCCGCGCCGAGCUUGGCCCCGAGCGUGCUGGCAUCGAGACGACUGAGAGGGGCUGGUUGGUGUAG